AUGCAACAAGAUCCCGAAGAUGCUCCGCCGAGUAAGCGCCGAAGAAUCGGUGUUGACUCGCCCAAAGAGGAAGUGUUUGAGAACCAGCCUUGUUCUUCGACAAAAUCACGCAAGGGUCUCGAUAGGCCGAUUAGUCCCCCGACGUUAUCGAAGCGGAUAGGGCGGGAAGAGGGUGCUGCUUUUACGCCAAGCUGGAGUUUUGAUGGUGUGGUGAAAGAGGAGGGGGCGUUGGGGACAGCGGAGCCAUCUACUACAUCAAACAGCAAGGAAACCGUAAAAGAGAAAGAUGCUAAUGCAGAGACACGGUUCAUCCCUUCGCCAGUACAGCUCACCCGGAUUGAGAGGCUGCCCAUGGAGAAGAAUGUCGAUACGGUGGGCUUGGCUGAUUUGCUGGGAGAUCCCUUGAUCAAAGAGUGCUGGAACUUUAAUUAUUUGUUUGACCUGGAUUUCGUCAUGCAACACUUUGAUAGGGACGUUAGGGAUAUGGUCAAAGUCAAGAUUGUGCAUGGCUUCUGGAGGAAUAAUGACAAGAGCAGGAUUGCAUUACUGGAAACAGCAGAGCGAUAUCCCAACAUUAACCUUAUAAGUGCAUAUCUCUCAGACCAGUUUGGUACUCACCAUUCGAAAAUGCUCAUUCUCUUCCGACACGAUGAUACUGCUCAGAUCGUUAUCCAUACAGCCAACAUGAUUCACCGCGACUGGGCGAAUAUGACACAAGCAGUCUGGGUGUCACCGUUGCUUCCAUUCUUGCCGCACACAGAAUGGGAGGAGCAAUCAAAGUCCACAAAGAUCCACGCUAUCGGGAGCGGCGAACGAUUCAAAAUUGAUCUUAUUCAUUACUUGCAUGCUUAUGGACUGCGUAUGAAGGCCCUAAUUCUCCAGCUUGAAUACUACGACUUCUCGAGUAUUCGGGCAGCGUUCCUUGGAAGCGCGCCAUCAAAAGAGAAAUCAUCUGCGGCCAGUCCUUCGAACACUGCUUUUGGCUGGUUAGGGCUAGACCAGACACUUUCUAGUAUUCCAGUCAAGGCAUCAGAAGACAGUUCCCGUCCUCACAUUGUCACUCAAAUCUCGUCAGUGGCGACAUUAGGUGCGACACCAACAUGGCUUUCCCACUUCCAGUCUAUCCUUUCGCGCUGUUCAUAUGUUAAAGAUGCAAGAAAAGAAGAAGCAUCAUCGUCAUCCACAAAAUCGCCUACAUUAUUCACCAAGCAAAAGACCAAUGCGGCAAAAGCACCAGAACCCAAGUUCAGCGUCGUAUUCCCGACCCCAGCCGAGAUCCGCAGGUCCCUAGAUGGCUACACGUCUGGUGGGUCCAUCCACUGGAAAUAUCACUCUGCCCAGCAGCAAAAACAGCUCGAAUACAUGCACCCACUACUCUGUCACUGGACCCCCAUAUCCCGCCCCGACCCAUCUCAACGAGAAGCACACCGUGGCACAGCAGCACCACACAUUAAGACGUACAUUCGCUUCAGCGACGAAACCCACACGACCAUGGACUGGGCUUUGCUCACAAGCGCCAACCUAAGCAAGCAAGCAUGGGGUGAUGUGGUGAACAAAAACGAAGAAAUCAGGAUUCAGUCAUAUGAAACAGGUGUAAUGGUAUGGCCUGCUCUAUUUGCAGAAUCUGGGCAUUCAUCGACUAUGGUUCCGGUGUUCGGGACUGAUAACCCAGAGGCAGGCAAACAUGGCGAGGAAAAGAGAGGGACAGUGGUUGGAUUCCGCAUGCCGUACAAUCUACCACUCGUGCCUUACUCGGCUGAUGAGCGACCUUGGUGUGCGACGUUGGCGUAUGAGGAGCGGGAUCGGUAUGGACGUUCCUGGCCUGGUUGGGGACGUUGA